UCAAUGUGGCCCCAGAAGUGCCACCUGUCAGUGUCCAUCAAUGCCACGUGCCAGUGCCCAUCAGUGCCACAUCAAUGCCACAUAUCAGUGCAUACCAGUGCACAUCAAUGCCACAUAUCAGUGCCCAUCUGAGCUGCCUUUCAAUGUCACCCAUCAGUGCUAGUCAGUGCCACCUAUCAGUGCUGCCAAUCAGUACCACCUAUCAGUGCCAUGCCCAUCAGUGCCACCUAUCAGUGUCCAUCAGUGCAGCCUAUCAGUGCCCAUCACUGCAGCCUCAUUAGCGCACAUCAGUGAAGGAGAAAAAUCACCUAUUUACAAAAUUGUAUAA